AUGACCCAUGAUCAUACCCUCAAUCUGAAUGCCCAAACGGCAGUUGUGACUGGUGCUGCGCAAGGGAUCGGGAAGGCAAUCGCCCUCAAGCUUGCCUCAGAAGGGUAUUCUGUCGUAGUCUCCGAUCUGCCUGCUAAACAGGAAGAUCUUAUAUCAGUUGUUCAGCAAAUCCAAGCCGUAUAUCGCUCUCGCCCCUCGGCUACCUCACUUUCCGCAUUGCACAUAGAGUGCGAUGUAACUGACGAAGACCAGGUUGACGGCCUAGUUAAAACAACGGUAGCAAGGCUUGGAAGGCUUGAUGUAAUGGUUGCUAAUGCUGGCAUCGCAAGAAUGGCGCCGCUGCUUGAAUCAACAACAGAGCUAAUCGAUUCUAUUCAUGCAAUAAACGUCAAAGGAGUGUUCUACUGCUACCGAGCGGCCGCCAGAGCAAUGAUACCAUCUGGUGGUGGCAGGAUUAUUGGCGCAUGUAGUGUGGCAGGGAAGCUGCCCAUCCCCUAUCUGGGAGCCUAUGUAAUGUCAAAACAUGCUGUGCGGGGUCUGACGCACACUGCGGCUCAGGAAUGGGCAGAGCACGGGAUUACAGUCAACGCAUACGCGCCUGGAAUUAUUGAUACCAACCUAUGGACGAAAGAUAUCAUAGCCACUUAUGAAUAUGCGCCUGCGUUGGAAGAAAAGGCAAUGACGGAGCUUGUAGCAACACGUAACAAGAGCACACCCGAGCAGAUUGCAGGUCUAGUAGCAUUUCUGGUUAGCCCAGCUGCUGUCAAUAUAAACGGACAAUGCAUCUCCGUAGAUGGAGGGUGGAAUAUGGAUUAA